UCCCCUCCCCUUCUGGGCGGGAAAAGCGAGAUGGCUGGUUGUGACUGCCAAUUUGUUCCGCCCAUAGAAUUACCACCAUCCUUCCAUAAAUUGUGAAUUUAUUUGCAAAGUGGAGUACUACUACUGAGCUCUAGUCAUGCCAUCCUACUUAGUGACAGUGGCGACGGGAAAUCAGUGGUUCGCAGGGACGGACGACUAUAUCUACCUUACCUUGGUGGGCUUAGCCGGCACGAGCGAGAGACAUCUGCUUGACAAGCCCUUCUAUAAUGACUUCGAGCGCGGUGCUACUGAUACUUAUGAAGUUACAGUGACAGAGGACUUGGGGGAAAUCCAACUGAUAAAAAUUGAAAAGCGGAAGUACUGGUUUCCUGAUGAUUGGUACCUUAAAUAUAUCACUGUGAAAACACCAGUUGGUGAUUACCUGGAGUUUCCAUGUUACAGGUGGAUUACAGAUGAAAAAGAGGUGGUUUUCCGAGAUGGUCAAGCCAAGCUUUUUGAUGAUGAAAAAACUCAAAUCCUUAAGCAUCACAGACGUAAGGAAUUGGAAGAACGCCAGAAAUUGUAUAGAUGGGCAGAAUGGCAUCCAGGUUUUCCUUUGAACAUAGAUGCCAAAUCUCAUAAGGAAUUGCCUCGCAACAUCCAAUUUGACAGUGAAAAGGGUGUCGAUUUUAUCUUGAAUUACACCAAAGCAAUGGAAAAUCUCUAUAUCAAUCGUUUCAUGCAUAUGUUCCAAUCCUCCUGGAGUGACUUCGCAGAUUUUGAGAAGAUCUUUGUCAAAAUAAGUAAUACAAUAUCUGAAUAUGUAAUGCAGCACUGGCAAGAAGAUUUUAUGUUUGGAUACCAGUUUCUAAAUGGCUGCAAUCCUGUAUUAAUUAAAAAAUGCAUAGAACUACCAAAAAAGUUCCCAGUGACCACAGAAAUGGUAGAAUACAGUUUGGAGAGAAAUCUAACUCUGGAGCAGGAAAUAAAGCUAGGAAAUAUUUUCAUCGUGGACUAUGAACUUCUAGAUGAUGUUGAAGUCAAUAAGACAGACCCCUGCACAGCACAGUAUUUGGCUGCUCCUAUCUGUUUAUUGUAUAAGAAUUUAGAGAAUAAAAUUCUCCCUAUUGCAAUUCAGAUAAAUCAAGCUCCUCAACAAAGCAAUCCUAUUUUCCUUCCAUCUGAUGCUAAAUAUGAUUGGUUAUUAGCCAAAAUAUGGGUACGUUCUUCUGAUUUCCAUAUACAUCAAACUGUGACUCAUCUGCUUCGGACUCACUUAAUUUCAGAAGUUUUUGCAGUGGCUAUGUUCCGACAAUUGCCUGCAGUCCAUCCUCUCUUUAAGUGGAUACGACCGCCGAAACUACAACAUGGAUCCUUCCUUGACCAACCUUCUACAAGUGCCUUUUGUCGACGGUCCGGUAGCGGCACUGUCUUCCUCAUCUCAUUUUCUCUCGGGACGCUUCGGAGGGACUCAAGCCGGAGGACCCUUCUGAUACCUCAUGUACGGUUUACAAUAGCUAUAAACACCAAAGCUCGAGAGCAACUUAUCUGUGAAUAUGGACUUUUUGACAAGGCAAAUGCCACUGGAGGAGGUGGGCAUGUGCAAAUGGUCCAGCGAGCAAUGAAACAUCUUACCUACAGCUCUCUCUGCUUCCCUGAAGAAAUCAAGUCAAGACAUAUGGAAAGCAAUGAGGAUAUUCCAUACUACUACUAUCGGGAUGAUGGAGUUAAAGUAUGGGAUGCAAUCAAAAGUUUUGUGACAGAUAUUAUUAAUAUAUAUUAUGGAAGUGAAGAAGCAGUGUGUGAAGACUUGGAACUCAAGGCUUUUGUGAAGGACAUCUUUGUCUAUGGGAUGAGGAGCAACAAGGAUUCAGGAUUUCCUAAGGCAAUUAAGACACGGGAAAAGCUUUCUGAAUAUCUUACCAUAGUGAUAUUUACAAGUUCAGCACAACAUGCAGCUGUAAAUUUUGGUCAAUAUGAUUGGUGUUCCUGGAUUCCAAAUGCUCCUCCAACUAUGCGCUGCCCACCACCUACAGAAAAGGGGAAAACCACCAUUGAAUAUAUCAUCAAGAGUUUACCUGACAGGGGACGGUCUUGUUGGCAUCUUGGUGCUGUUUGGGCUUUGAGUCAAUUUCAGGAAAAUGAAGUGUUUCUGGGAAUAUAUCCAGAUGAACACUUCACAGAGAAGCCAGUGAAAGAGGCCAUGAGGAAAUUCCGCAAGAAUCUUGAUGGAAUUGCCAGUUACAUUGCUGAACGUAACAGGAAUAAAAAACUCCCCUAUUAUUAUCUUUCCCCAGAUCAAAUUCCUAAUAGUGUGGCUGUCUAAUUUUUAAAAAAUUAAGAAUUAGUGUAGCUAGCCAAAUGGAAAAUUAUCUGAAGCAUAAAAAAAUAUAUAAUCAUUUGUCCAAAAUGGUAUAGGAUCUCCUGCUUGAGCAGUUGAGAUUGCCAAAGUCUCUUCCAACUCUAUUAUUCUUAUGUUCCAUAACAGCAGAAAAAAAUUACUUGUUUUAGAAAGUACUUCUAUAAAAACUUGCUACUAUUCUACUAUCUUUUAAAGUACCAUAAUGGCUAGAUAUUGCUGAUUAGAAAAAAUUGAAAAUACUCUGAUUUGUAAAUGUUUUACAGAGCAAAUGUAUGUGACUCUGACUUUCAAAUGUUUUUAAACUACCCUGCAAGUAUAACCAGCAUAAUCAGUGGGAAAGAAACCAGGAGCAGCAAUAUUUCAAGGACACAGUUCUCACUCUCUCACCAAGAAUAAUUUCUGUUUUUUUACUGCAAAUGUGAAAAACAGUAAUGAUAUACAUUAACAUCAAUAAAAUGUAUAAAAUGC